AUGAGCUUCUCACUCACAUUCAUGGAACUGACCAACAUUGCCAUACCACAGUGUGGGGUGGUGAAUUUCAGGGCCCUGCACCUCCUGAUCGAGGGCAUUCUGGAGCACAUUCAAAUGGCUGAGCUCAAGAAGGAACUCUCGGGGGAUGAGGACUUCCUCCAGACCUCGCAGGUCGUGCUUGUGCCUGGGGAAGGAGAUUCCCAGCCUGUAAUCAACCCUAUGAAGCGACUCAGCAACGUCUUUGACGGUGUGGUGACCCGCCUCGACAGGAUCGAGAAUCAACUGGCUGGGUUGCAGGACCUGCCCUCCACUGCCCAGCUGCUGGAGGGCAGCCAGGGGACCAAACGGCCUGCCGAGGACCUGUGGCAUCUCAUCAAGCUCCGAAAGAUGGUGGAGGGCAAUGAAGAAGCCAUGGCCAAGUCCAUGGUGACCCUGCAGGAUCUGCUCACUGACCUGAACCCACUCAAGGUCACCGUUGAAACCCUCAGGAAGGACGUGAACAUGAUGAAGGAUUGUUUUGAAAAGAUAUGCCCAGAAAAAGUGGACCUCUUAUCUGAGGACUUGAAAACGCAGAACCGGAAGAUGAGCAUACUGCAGCAAGAAGUGGAUUCUCUCAAGAACAGGAUUCACGCUCUCCCCAAAGCUGAGGAUCUGGUGCUCUGGAGUGGCCUCCAUGAGGCCAUGUUCACUCCAGAAGCCACUUCACAAGAGCUGGAGAUGUCCAAACAGUGGCAGACCACAGACCAGCCUCCACAGGCUGCCCUGGCCCAGGAGGAGCCCGGGCAGAUCUACUCAGCAGUGUCCAGGCGCCAGGUCAACCUCAGGCUCUCAUGCCUGGUCCUGGGCUUUGGCCUUGGCCUGGGCCUGGACCUGGGUCUUGGCCUUGGCCUGGGCCUGGGCCUGGUCCUGGGCCUUGGCCUUGGCCUGGGCCUGGUCCUGGUCCUGGGCCUUGGCCUUGGCUUGGGCCUGGGUCUAUUCCUGCUCUUGCUCCUGCUCCUGCUCCUGGGCCUGGGCCUGGGCCUGGGCCUAUUCCUGCUCUUGCUCCUGCUCCUGGGCCUGGGCCUGCUCCUGUUUCUAGGCCUGGGCUGGUUCCUACUCCUACUCCUGGGCCUGGGCCUGCUCCUGUUCCUAGGCCUGGGCUGGUUCCUGCUCCUGCUCCUGCUCCUGGGCCUGGGCCUGCUGCUGUUCCUAGGCCUGGGCUGGUUUCUGCUCCUGCUCCUGCUCCUGGGCCUGCUCCUGUUCCUAGGCCUGGGCUGGUUCCUGCUCCUGCUCCUGGGCCUGGACCUUGGCCUGCUCCUGGGACUGGGCCUGCUCCUGGACCUUGGCCUGGGACUGGGCUUUGGCCUGCUCCUGGAGCUGAGCCUGCUCCUGGGACUGGGCCUGCUCCUGGGCCUUGGCCUGGGACUGGGCCUGCUUCUAGGCCUGAAUCUGGGCCUGCUCGUGGGCCUGGGCCAGGGCUGGAGCCUGAACCCACGCCUGCAGUGGGGCCUGCCUGGCCCAGGUCCAUCAGACUCCCAGCAGCCCCCCAGGGCCCCACCCCCAGCCACAGAGUUGGGAUCCUCGUGGCCUCUUCCAUUGCAGCUGCACCAGACUCUUGAGGCCCCAGAGCUCCCAGCUGUGGAAGAAAAGGGGGAUGAAUAUUACCCUUACCUCAUGGUAGACUCUCUGGCUGGGCCUUCCCCAGGUGAAGCCACCAAGGAUCAGGGUCCCACAGCUAGGGCCUCGGAAGCACACCUGAAGGGUCCCCAGAAUGCCCUUGAGCAAUUGAAAACCACUGUUGCUGCUGCUGCUGCAGCGGCUGCAAACUACGCUGCGGCUGCCAACUCAGCUGCCCAGACAGCCAAGGCUGCUGCCAAGGCGAUCACCGAUGCCCCUGCCAGCAAACUGGCUACUAAAACCGCCAUUGCGGCUGCCCCCAGGCCCUUUGGGCCCCGUUCAGAUGUCUCGGGUGCAGGGUCUUCCCGCGGGGCAGCCGAACCUACGACCUUGGAUCAGGAGAGCAAGCAGCUACAAGACUUGGUGGUAGAUUAUGAAGAAUUGGCUCCCCAGUUCCCCACCAAGGACAUCCCUCCCACCAAAACCCUGUCACAGGCCAUGCAGGCUGCCAAGAAGGCGAAGAGCACCCAGGACAAGAAGGCGGCGGUCAAGCGCUCCAUGGGCCACAUAGCCCAAGUGCCGGAUAGACAUGACUCCCUGAGGGAAGAGUUUGCCCAGCUGUCAAACAACCUGCAGCAGCAGCUGGCUUACCUAGCGCACGCGGGAGGCUCUUCCAAGCUUGAGGCGGCCGUGGACAUACUGCAGGACAAGAUAAAUAACAUCCAGAAGUCCAGGCUGAAGGAAGAGGAACUUGAGAGAGUUUGGGGCACCCAAAUAGAGUCCAUGAAGAAUCACUACGUCGUGCUGGACCGUUUGGUGGGAAAGCUCCAGGCUCGUGUGGAUGAGUUCAAGAAUCUCCAGGCUCAAAUCAGAAACCUGGAGCAGACCAAGGCGAAUAAGAGCUCGCUGGAGGAGGAGCUUCGAGAAAAAGCUGACAAGAGCGCCCUGGCAGGCAAGGCCAACCGCGCAGACCUGGAGACGGUGGUGACCGAGCUGCAUGAGACGUUUCAGAGCAUCUUGUUCAAGCUCACGACCCAGAAUGACCACUGGAAGAACGCCGUGGAGCAGCUCAAGAAGGAACUGAGCACCAAGCUGGUGCACAGUGACCUGGACCUUCUGAAGAAGGGCCUGGAGGAGGUCUGGGAAGUGGUCAAGAAGCUGCUGCUGGAGGGCCUGCUCUACGACCCCGACAGCGCCGCGGGCUUCAGGAGGAAACUGUUUGAGCGGGUGAAGUGCAUUUCCUGCGACCGGCCAGUGGAGAUGAUGACCGGCCCGCAGCUCAUCACCAUACGCAAAGCCCGCCUGCUGUCAAAGCUGCGGCCGGCCAGUGCCAACAGCUACGAAUACCUACAGCGCCAAAUGAUGAGGGAACACCAGCGGAUGCAGCUGCAAGAGGACGGCCUGCACACUCUGGGCGCUCAGCAGGACUGGGGCGACAGCCUCCAAAAUGACACCACCCUCAAGUUCAAGCCAGGGGAGCUGUCAACACUCUACCCCUAUGGGGACCCCCAAGUGUUAAACUACGACACUGCCGAGGUGGACAUCCUGGGAGUGGACGGGAUUCUGUACAAAGGCCGAAUGAACACUCAGUUUGGGGCCCAACCCUUGACCACGGCAGAGAAGGAGUUGGCAGCUGUCAAGGUUCCUUGUCCCCCAGCUAGAAACCUGUAUGCUCCUGUGCGCUCCAGUGACUUAUUUGGUACCAACUGCCCCCCCUUGGGUCCCCGCCCUGGAGCCUGCUCAGCCACCCCUGGCUCUCCCUCCGUGACGCUGGCUCAACCGCCAUCCYUGCCACCUCUGCCACUGCUGCCGCCGCUGUUCCCCCCUCUGCGGAACCCCCAGCAGGCCCCAGAGCCUACCAGACACUUGAGGUCUCUGCGCCCUGAGUCCCGAACCAGCAAGCAGCCUAUGGAGGAGCCUGUCAACCCGUGAGCCCCUACCCUUCCUGUGUCCCCACAAGUCUCAGGUCCCAUCUACUCCCCCGGGGUGAGACCCGGGGCCCUGGAGCUGGUCCAGGAAACGUCCCCUGGGCAAACCAAACAGGUCUGC